AUGAUUCCUCGAUCUGUCUGCUCUUCUAUUCUACUUGCCGGUUUGGCGAUUCUUGCCUCAUGCAGUAACCAACAGAAUGGUUCUAACAACUAUGGGUUCACAACUGCUCUUCAGUGCAAGUGCUCUGAUUUAGAGCAAUGCUCGGCUGAGUUGACCGCAAAAACAAACGCUUGCAAGACGAAUGCUCAAUGCAUGUCCUUCUUAACCAAAAUUGGAGAUUCUCAGAAAAUCGAAGCAUGUCUCGAACAGGAUCACCAGAUUAUGCUGAAGCUCGAGAAUUGCGCUAAGGCCAAGCUUAAUGGCGAGCUAGGCUGUACGAACUCUCCUAACCCUCAAAAUCUUACUAUCCCACUCAUUCCCGUCGUAGAGGUACCUCAAAUGGAUGGAGAAACCUCAGAUCCCGCGCUUCAACAACAAAAUCAGACACAGGGACCUCCAGAGCUCAAUCUUUAUUUACGCUGCGUGGAUGAGUGCAGUAUGGCAGAUAUGGAAAUCAUUCCCGGAAGAAGAAAGAAGAGAAGUCCAGUGAACUGUGCCUUUAAACUCAAAUGCGCUCUCUCUCCACCUACACCUGAGAUACAACAAGCCUAUGCUACUUGUGAGAAAGAACUGUCGAUCGACCCUGCAGCACGUAUGGCCACUUCUUGCAACUGCUUGAAAUCUGCCGGAGUACAAUCUUUGCAAUGCUGA